GGAGCAAACGGCGGGCGAGCAGUGCUGCCACCUGCGCGGAGGGCGUGUCGCUAGCUCCGAAGGAGCCUCAGUCCAACGCAGACUUUAGCCCGUGGCACAAGCCGCCUGCCCCGAAGAGUGAAAAUCCCCCGAAAGUUCGACGCAAGCUCUUUACACAACGGAGGAGGUCAGGAGGGAAACAAAACAGAGAUAGAGAGAGAGAGAGAGAAAGAGAGAAAAAGGAAAAGGGCGAGGAAAAGGGGAGGAGGAAUGAAUGAGGAAUCGUGAUUUUGUGCCUUAAAAUGUCUUCGCUCGAAGAAGUGAUUCGGGGUGAAUUCAACGAGGAGAGUGAGAGAGGCGCGUGGCGAGCCCUUCGAAUCGACUUUCAGAACUCCGUCGAAAGACCCAAGACCGAGACGAGACGAAUCUCGAGUAACCAUGGCGUCCGGCAGAUGUAAACAGAGAUCCCAAAGUCCGAGGUUCUCCAAAUCGAGACUCUGCUGACAAUGAGACGAUGGAUAUUCGGAUAACGUUCAAGUCAUGAGCGCCCCUCGUCUAAACACGUUUAAUACUUAUAGCAACCCAUGCAUAUCAAGGUGGACGCGCGCUGAUCCCCUCGCAACUAAUAAUCUUCCCAGAAACUGCCAAAAUUUUCGCCAUGGAGGCUUACACGUACGCAUCGGAACUGCAGCGAAGAGCCUCUGCGUUUUUAUCUUCACCGGCAUCAUUUCUUCCAGAAUCCUUUCAAGGUGAACGAACGAUUCGCGGACGUUUUAUUGUGUACGUGAGAUUUUAAACGCAAGCUCCCUGCACUUGAACUCUCGUCAAUCUCGAUUCUCCCCCUUUCCCCGUUCUCAUUUCUCUUCGUAGUUUCUUUUCCAACUGUGGUAAAUCUUCUCGACCCUCGUUCGUUAUCUGUUAUAUACUGUCACUGUUGUUGUUAUCGUUAUUGUUGUUGUUAUUGUUGUUGUUGUUGUUGUAAAAGUAUCAACAGUCUAGAAAACAGUGUAUGAAACCUGUUAGCUGCGCAUCGUAGUUUCUGUUAUUUCAUUCUUUCAUUUCAUUUUGAAGAAACUCACGGUCGCUUCGCUGACUUGCAAUCCUUUGUUCUCGUCAUUUCUUCGAUGUGUCAUAUUGCAGUUUCACUGGCCAUACCAUAUUUGAUACACUCUGCUUUUCGAAUUAAAAAUCUAAGUUCGUAUCGGCUAAGUAAAAGGGUCAAGUGUUCAGGUGGCGCCUAAAGCCAAAGUGAGUUUGUCAGGUUUUCUUUAUCCGUAUUUCAAAUCUGUGCUCAUUCUUUCAGACGAAAGCCUUUUCAUUCCGCAAGUUUAGGGCUACAGGAAUCGUGUACAUAUGACAAAACCUUAAAAUGUUAUGCUUAUAUAAAUAAUAAAACGGUAAAUGGAUGGUAUAAUAGUGAUGUAGAAGAAAAUUUAUAAAAUCAACGAAUUUUGUCAAUGUCUUUUAAAUAUCCUAUUACGCUAAAAGAACGCUUUGGUAUAAAACGAAAAACCUACUUCUAAAAAUCCUACAUAAUCGAAAACCAAUUAUAUUAACUACUAAUCAACACGAUUCACUAACAAAAGUAAGAAUAGAAUGUAAAUUUGUAAAUACGUGUAAAAAACCGAAAACAAGCAAACUAAAUAAUAUAAAUACAUUGUAAAACAAAUUUAUUGAAAUGGUGUACAACGCUGUGUGUUGCUUAAAUAAGUGUGACAGAAGGAGGAUAAAAUUGGUCACGAUUCACUCAACCACCUCAACAUCGUUUACAUCGAGGAACGAAAUGUGCGAAGCAUACACAUCAAGAACAACUUAUUGCUAAUCAACCACACACAUAAGGCGAAGGAGGUGAUGGCCCGUACCACGCGCCCACGACGAAAGAUGGCGAACACGACCGACGCUACCACGUCAACGACGCCGUUCUCCGCCUCCUCAUCGACGACUUCCUCCUCCUCGACGGAGAGCUACACUUUCAACUACACUGGUCUCGGUGACCUCGGUGGCUACUCCAUGGUAGAUGUUAACUACACGGAGCUCUGGGUCGACGCUUGGAACACCACGGCGUCCAGCAACCUCACGGAGAGGCUCAACGCGACCGUCAUCUCAACCGGGGGAUACUGCGACGAGUGGGAAGCCGCCCAGCACAAAUUGUUCCAGGCGGCUAACAUCUUCUUCGCGGCAGCCUUCCUUGUUCCGAGGUCGUUCAAAGCCUCGGUGUUGGCCUUACGCACCUUCCUCACCGCCGGCUUUAUGCUGGCUGCUCUUUGGGCUGGAAUCACAAUCUGCGCCCUUGACGCAAUGCUCUGGUGUCUCGCUCUUGGACUCCUCAACGGAAUCCACUCCCUAAUUCUUGCUUGUCGUUUUCUGCCACCCGCGCUCAGCCCGGAACUUGCCGAAUUAUAUCUAAAGUUGUUCAAACCGUACAGGGUCAGUAAAAAGCAUUUCCAGGAACUGGCCAAAGAGGCGAGGAUAUUGAAACUUGAUCCAGGACAAACCUACGCGACCGAAGGUGUCACGCCGGCCGAUGAACGCCUGUCGAUACUGUUGCGUGGAAAAUUAACGGUGACCUGCGACAGUACCCAUCUCCACUACGUCAGAGCUUACCAAUUCGUUGAUUCUCCGGAGUGGGAGGCAGCGCACCAGAACUUUGACGACUUGUUCCAGGUUACGGUUCGCGCGGAAGAGUCCAGCACGUACAUUUGCUGGACUCGGAUAAAGCUUGUGCGAGUCCUCAGACACAGGCCACUGCUCAAGGUUGUGCUGAACAACCUGAUAGGCAAGGACAUCACCUCCAAGUUGUACGCUCUUAACGAGCAGUUGGCUGGCGUAGCCGCUGCCAGCGAACACGCCUCGAACAAUCCUUACAGAGGAGUUGCCAGGAGUCUUAGCGUCGAUGCUGUGAACACCGAGACUGCCGGACGUGUUCGUUCUUCCACGUGGAAAACCCAACGGAGGCACAGCAAUCCACGGAGCGAUAGAAGUUCCCCGGCUCGUCACUCUCAUCAGUACUGGGCACCGGUGGUCGCGAACCAUUUCCCACCGACUUCGCCGUUCAUCCAGGCGCCGAACGUUGCCUACUCUCUGCUGCCCCAAGGAACCCAGUUUUCGCCACCACCCCGAGUUCCCACAGUGUCGCAUCCACCAUUGACGAAGCAGCGCAGCGGAGGAACCAGCGGCGACUAUAGCCUACUUCCCCAAACACCGAAGUUGGAGAGGAAACGGUCGAAAAAAGGGGCUCGAGAGGUCACCUUUGAAACGCCCGUAUGACGGUCGCUAGACGACGGGGAAGGUCCUGCGAGUGUUCCGCUCCUCCCGAUGUCGCCACAGCGAAACGCGUAGCCCCGUCGACGCAGCGCGCGAUGAUGAACUCGUCAAACAGUGCGGGCACUCGGGUAACCCUUAAUUAGUUGAUCAAUUAUCUGACGGAUUAACCGCGCAACCAGGAAGAGGGAAAGAUUAUACCUACGGCUGUCGUGCAACGUACAGAGAGGCCUAAAUUGGUGACGACUUGCGAUUAUCAUCGCCGUGAAACAUAAUCAAAAAAAAAAAAAAA